GGUCAUGAUUUGCACCCCCCCUCUUGGACACCCCCUUCUUGGCCGCUCCCGAAAUGGGUGCGCUCGCCGCUCGCGAGCGGGAGCGGGCGGGCACCAAGAACGAGUUCUACUACGACCUGGCGGCCCGCAUCCGCGCGCAGCUGCCCGGGGCGGAGGUGCACGUAUGGAGCGAGACGGCGGGGAGCUCGGUGCCCGAGGACUUCGACGGCUUCCGCGCCCGGAACAUCACCGUCCACCUGGACACGGACAUCGUCGAGACGUGGUCGCACAUGGCCCAGUCGCAGGUGCUCGUGAUGGCGAAGAGUAGCUUCAGCUUCAUCUCGGCCAUACUGAACCGGGGCUGCGUCGUGUACCAGCCCUGGCUCACCAGGCCCAUCCGGAGUUUCACCGCCACGACCCUGCACGACCGCACCAUGCCCACCAUCGCCGAGGAGAAGCUCUCGGCCUGCCUCGCAAAGGCUGGGCCCAGCACCGCUUGAGGCCUCUGGGCGGCCGCGCUCGGGGCAGGGGGGGGCCUCCUGGGUCGCCGGCGCUGCUCCUCCAGCAGGCUCCUCGAGUCCGGCAGAACGUGAGGGCGACGAAUGAUGAGGAACCCGACCCUGGAGGGCCCCCCCCCUCCUCCGCUUUCGCGUCGAGGGGCCCUCGGUCCCGCUCUCCCGCCCACGCCCGCGGGACGCGCCACAGAUUGCCACGGUCAGAGGGAG